UGUGAUGUAGUGCGGUGGAGGUAGACGGAGAUCAUGAUGAUCGGUCUGAACCUCAGCUUGCAGGAGUUGCUGGAGAAGUUUGAGGAGGACAUCCAGGCGGAGAUCGAGGCUCAUAAUGAUGUUUUCAGGAGUGUGGAGGGGAAUAAGAUGAAGAUGGUGAAGGCUCUGGGGAGCUCAGAGGAGGCAGUAUUUCUCCAGCAGAGACUGGAUGACAUGAACCAGCGCUGGAACGACCUGAAGGCCAAAUCUGCCAAUAUACGGGCUCAUCUGGAGGCCAGUGCUGAGCGCUGGAACAGGCUUCUGUCAGUACUGGAGGAACUGGGGCGCUGGAUCAGUGUGAAGGAUGAGGAGCUGAACAAACAGAUGCCCAUCGGAGGAGACGUGCCCACACUACUGCAGCAGCAGAUCCACUGCACGGUGAGAGGACACACACACAGGCUCAGCGUCUCAGAUCGACGACUCCUUUCUCAUCUUGACUCACUGCUAUCCUGUCUCCUCCCAUCUUGUGUAUUUUGUCUUAGUUUCAUCUCGUCUUGUCUCCUCUCUUGCUUUUCAACUCAACUCCUCUCUCCUCAUCUCAUUUUGUAA